AUGGCCAUGCCCACCGAGCGCGACGUGACGGACUACAUUCGCCGACAGACUCGGCCCAAAGCCAAGGCGGCACCCUUGGACUACGAGAGAAUCCUCAAGGCGGAUCCCCACGAUCCGAGAAUGGAGGACAAGCAAUGGCCCUGCGUGGGACAGCAUGUGCCAAUGCGGCCACAGAGCAACAUGCACGGAGCUUGGCGCCAUCGUGCAGUUUGCAACCUACGCAUGGAGUACAUCCCGCGUGUGGGUUCCCACGGUCAGACGACCAAGCUCGACAACCCGGCGAUGACCAGACGUAUGCUGACAGAACUGCGCAGCCUUCUACAAGACAAGAUCAAGCCGACGGCCAGUAUCUGCGCAGCCAUGCAGAAGAAGAUCGAUGCGGAGGAGCAACUGAACAAGCUGAUUCGCGAGCACGAGGAGAACUUCCGCCCUCAACAUCGCACAACCGGCAAAUCGACAACCCCAACAACCGAGCAGCCUGCUCAAGCCUCGUCUCCUCCGACAUCACCUCCGGAAUCUUCGAUCAACAGCUGGCAGCCAGUGUCGGGCCCUCAAGAGACGAGCAUCGAGGAGGCCUAUGCGGCGGAGGAAAACGGCCUGAAGGCUCGGCGUAUCAAUCUGGCGAAUGGCUAUGAUCUGUACCAGGAUUCUACCUGGUCAUAUCUUCGUGUUCUUCGAGAUCGCCACCGGCCCAAGAAGCUAUGGAUCAGUCUUCCGUGCACCCGCUGGAGUAUGUGGUCAUCCAUCAACUUCAAUACUCCGGAGAAGCAAGAACGACUGGCGGCAGCUCGCCGCAAGGAUCGCCGUGUGCUAUGGAAUUUGAACUCCUUCCUGAAGGAGUCCCUAGAGAUUGAUCCUCAUCUACAGAUCUACCUUGAGUGGCCGUGGCCCUCUUAUGGAUGGAGACAGCAACCUAUGGUGGACUUGAAGGAGCAUUUUGAAGCCCAUGGAAUUCCUUGGCUGGACUGUCGUGUAGACGGUUGCAACUAUGGCAUGAAGGACGUGAAGGGUGAGUUCUUCAUCCACAAGAAGUGGCUGAUCAAGACCACGGAUGAAAACUUUCACAAGACCUUUCGCGCCAAGGUGUGCCCUGGCAACCAUGCCCACAAGACCAUCGAAGGCCAGGACACCUCAGCUUCUUCGUACUACCCAUGGAAGUUGGUACAGGCCAUAGCCCGACAUUGGAGUCAACAACUUGUACCCCAUCGACAUCAACGACUCCUUGGACUUCGUCAUGAUCUCCCGUCCUUGGCUGAUAUGGAACUAAUGGAAUCCGAUAACGAAUCAUUCCAUAUGGACUACAAUCUGGAAGACUUCCACGAUGAUGUGAACACUCCGGAGAUAGACCUCAUCCAAUCAGCCACUGUGACCUGUGAGCCAGCUGCAUCUGCAGGAGAAUCGUUUCGACAACUUGUUCUACGACACCUGGCUCAGGCGAACUUCUCCGUGGACGCCUUGGAACAAAUCCUCUUGGCAGCCUCUCGACAAUCGUUUGGACGCUCAGCUCACCACUCCCGCUGGAGAGGUAGUAAGGGUUCGGUACUGGUCUUGGGGGCAUAUUCUCAUGGACAUCUUGGAGGUAUCAGUGGUGCAACCAUGAAGAAUAGUGAGCUGGUCAGAUAUGUCAAUGGUUUCCUUCGACAUCAUAUGCCAGAAGCUUCAUGGUCAAGUGUCAUGAUCUCCUUUGACUGUCCCGCCUUGCCUCAUCGAGACUAUCAUAAUGAGAAAGGCUCACAGAACCACUUGAUAUGUGUCGGCUCCUUUGGACAAGGCGGACUAUGGGUAGCCGGGAAACCUCCUGAUGGGCGACCCACUGUCCGACGUAAAGCCCCAGAUGGACACCUUCAUGAAGGCCAUAUUCUUCAUGCUCAGCGGCAGCUAGUCUCCUUUGACCCUCAAUCGUGGCAUGCGUCACAACAGUGGGACGGAUAUCGCAUUGCUGUCUCGGCGUAUACGACGAGAUUGGCUUCGACUCUGCCUCCUUCAGAUCUUCAAUGUCUUCGUCAGCUCGGCUUUCCUCCUCCUUGUAAAGUACAGCUUUCCAUGGUGGCCGAGACGGUGACUCUUCCUGAAGGAGUAGAUGAAGCCACCUUCAAAAAUUGGCAGGCGCAGAUUGCCAAGUUCCACAAGGCUGCGGGACAUCCCACCAAUCGGAACUUAGCCAGAAUUGUCAAAGAAGCUGGACAUGAAGAGUGGCGUGCGCAAGCGGCCCUAGAUCAUCAGUGCCCCUUGUCAGUCCUUGAAGCUGGGCGGCACCUCCAGCGGGCAAAUUCCUCCGGCAUCCACUAUGCGUCUCGAGACAUUAUGGCUAUGCGCACGGAGACCACCGAGGAUGUCACCCGUGCGUUCACUGAGCGAUGGCUAUCAACCUUUCCGAAGCCAGAAGUCCUUAUGAUGGACUCUGGGAAGAGUUUCAUUUCCGAGUCCUUCCACGAGUUUGCAUCUUCGCUCAACAUACAAGUGCACUUUGUGGCUGAGAAAGAGCACUGGGCGCAUGGAGUUGUGGAAGCAGUGGUUCAGGAUAUCAAGAUGACGGCAUCAGCCAUUCAGCUGGAAGCCUUGGACCAGGACUACAUGGUGACCCUUCACCUGGCUGCGUCAGCACUCAACUCCACCGAGUACACGGCUGGAUACUCUGCCUUUCAGUGGGCAUUUGGUCACCAGUAUAGUCUUUCCGACGAAGAUGUCCGAACGUUUCAUGGCUCUGACUUUCGCGGAGAGUUUGUGAAGUUGAUCACUGCCAGACAACAGGCCGAACAGGUCGCCACAAACACCCGCGCCAAGCGAAUCCUUUCCAAACUGGCGAAUUCUACGGUGUUCGGUACAUCGGUGAGACCAGUGACGGAGGUGGAGCGCUUCCAAUACGUACCUCACGCUGAUGAAGUAGAACGACCUGAUCUACCUCCUGAGCCAGACUCCAGCACUGUAGUCACACCACCAUCACGACGAGUUCGGUUCAAAAAGCCUCAAGAGUCGGAACCUCUGCCAGACCAAGAUCAACAAGAUCCUGCAGAACCUUCCUCAUCCUCUACUACGAGGCCAAAUACGGAUGUCAAUGACUACGACCAGUCAUCCACAGAGCCGGCGGCGAAGAAACCGAAGCAGGACAAUUGGGUGGAACAACUCCAUGUGGAGGCCUCGCUUGAAGAAGCGAACGACUUGUUCACCUUCCUGGAGACAGCUGACGAUGACAUGGAAUGCCUUAAACUGGAGUUCGAGAUUGGCGACCUCUCCAACCGUCAAAGGAAGUUCCUUGAACGAAAUCCGGUGUCUUUCAUGGUCAAGAAGCUUCGUGACUCUGAAGUUUCGCUUACAAAGUUGUCUGCUGUUGAACGUCUUCUCUUUGUCCGCGCCAAGGCUAAAGAGGUGGACUCAUUCAUCAAGAAUGAGGCUGUGCGCAAGUGUCAGAACCGCGAGGAGGUGCGAGCAGCCUUUGACAACAAGCGUGUGGUAAGCGCACGCUGGGUGUUGACAUGGAAAUCUGUGCCUCCGGAAGACCAACAAGCUGCUAGAGAUGAUGCCCAGAACAAUCCAAAAACCACCCACACAGCGAGUGGCAUGAAGAAAGCCAAGGCGAGAAUUGUUCUGCUGGGUUUUGAACACCCAAGCCUCUUGGACAGCAACUACAAGACAUCAUCGCCUGUGCAAAGCACCCUUGGACGCAACCUGCUGUAUAGCAUGGCUGCUCACAAGCAGUGGGAACUGGAAGGUCUGGACUUGAGCACGGCCUUCUUGCAGACACAACCCACUGAAGCAGAUCGUGACUUGUGGACAAGUGGUGUUGCUGAACUUCGUGAGGCGCUAGGUGUUGGUGAAGAGGGCAUCAUGAAGAUCCUCCGUAACAUCCACGGAAGCACUACUGCCCCUCGAGGACUUUGGCUGGAUCUCCACAAGACUUUGACUUCCCUGGGCGCACAACCAGUUCUGGGCGAGCGCUGCUUGUGGAUCUGGCUUUCCAAGCAUCGUAUGGAUGGUGAUCAUCCUUUGACGAUCGGUGCAAUGGGUGGUCAUGUCGAUGACUUUCACCGCAUUGGUGACAGUUCGGACGAAUGGAUCUCCAUCAAGAAGGCUAUCGACAAGGCCUACACGUGGGGCAUGAUCAAGUCAGGCAGCUAUAGACAUGCCGGCACUGAUGUGAAGACAUCUGUGGAUGAGCGCGGUUGGAAGUUCAUCACAGUCAGUCAGGAAUGCUACGUCGAGUCGCUCAUGGAUGUGGACAUCUCACCCGAUCGACUUCGAUCUCAAGGUGAACUUCACAAGUCCGAGAUUGACGCCUGCAGGACCGCCCUGGGAUCUCUGCAAUGGCUAGCUGCGCAAUCUCAACCACAACUUUGUGCUCGUUGUAAUCUUCUACUGACCGAGCUGGUCACCAACGGCACCCUGGAGACUGCUCGUGAAAUCCAGAUCAUGAUCAGCGAGGUGAGACAAGAAGCAUACACGCUGAAGUUUCGACGACUUCCUGACGUACAUCACUGGACAGACGUCAUCUUCGUGAGCAUGGGAGAUCAAGCUCACGGCAAUAGGCCGCGCGGAGACAGCACCGGCGGGAUGAUCACUCUCCUCUCCGGUCCAUCCUGCAUCCAUGGACAUAUCUGCGAGAUGGACGUUCUGAGCUGGCGAACGUGGAAACUUAAACGCAAGGCAAUAGGGUCGAAUGACGCAGAAGUGCAAUCGGUUCUGGAAGCAGAAGAUUGCAAUUUUAGGGCCCGCUUGCUUUGGUCUGAGCUCCACGGCGCUGGCGGCCUACAUCCUGCCAGAGCUCAAUGUGAAGAUCUGGUUGAUGUUAUGGAGCGGCAAGCUCUCCGGGUCAAGGGCAUCGUCUGCACUGACUCUCGUGGAGGUUAUGACGCAGUGGAAGUAAAUGAAAGCCCGUUGCUUGGACUAAGCAACAUGCGUGCAGCCCUACAAGCAUUCCAGCUUCGGGAUAAUCUUCGCCGGACUGGGACGGAGCUGCGCUGGCUGGCCAGUGACUAUGACCUCGCCGAUGCCUUGGCAAAGCGGAAGGCAGAAGCUCGACAAGGUCUCCUUCGUUUUCUCCAGACUGGUCGUUGGGCCAUCAAGUACGACCCCUCGUUCCGGAGUGCCAAGAAGAGCAAGCGUGCUGGCAAGAGUGCGCUUGAUGUGAUCAAGUUCCUGUACGAUGACGACACUGAUGUGGACCAUUUUCCGAACCAAGGAUUGUGCAGCUGA